UUCACAUUCAUACAUAUAGCUAGACGAGAUUCAGUCAUACACAGCUCUCUCCAGCAUAAAGUAAAAUAUAUAUAUAUAAAUAUAUAUAUUUCUUUGUAUAAAAAACGACGAGUAUAAGCACUGUCUCCAAGUGAGAGCGGCAAUUCAACGUCGAUCGAUAAAUAUUGUUCACUCGAACUAUAUAUAGACCUACGACAGAACAGCUGAAACAUGUCGAAAGCAGACGGCUCGUGGAUCAAUUGGUUUGUUAAUCUGCCGUCGAAUGAGUUUCUGUGCCGCGUGCCCUCCGAAUAUGCGCGCGACAAGUUCAACUUGACGGGAUUGGAGACGAUGGUGGACAACUUUCAGGACACUCUGGACGCCAUACUCGACUCGGAGUUCGAUAUAGAGUAUGGCUUCGAUAGGGACGCGGAUGCGGACACGCAUCCCGAAAUGGCCGAGCAGGUGUACGGCCUGAUCCAUGCACGGUACAUACUGACGCGCCGCGGCAUCAUGGACAUGUGCCUCAAGUAUCAGCGCGGCGACUUUGGCAUCUGUCCGCGCAUCUUCUGCAACGAGCAGGCGGUGCUGCCGCUGGGCCUGACCGAUCGCAUUGGCGAGUCGCACGUGAAGGUCUAUUGUCCACGCUGCCAGGACAUCUAUCAGCCGAACGAGCGCUGCGCCCUGCUCGAUGGCGCCAUGUUCGGUUGUAGCUUUCCACACAUGUUCUUCAUGCAGCUGCCGCACCUACUGCCCCAGCCGCCCAGCGAAAAGUACAUACCACGCAUCUAUGGAUUCAAGCUGCAUGAGUUGGCUCUCCUGCCCCCCUCAUCAUCGCCGAGCGCUUUGAAGAGCAAGGAGGAGUUGGAGCUCGACGACUUCGAGCAGUUCGAUGAGCUGCAGCAGAUAGAGGAGGCUAGGGUUCUAGAGGACAUCAACUGGUCGAACAAGAAACGUUAUAAUUUCACAAUCGACUAAUUGACUAAUGGAAAUGUAAUCAACAUUCAAAAUUUUUGUUCGUUAAUAAAACAGAGGCCAUUUUGUUGCAGUGUAUUGCGUUGUUGUGCGCAGACAACAGAAAAAAAAAAAAAAAAAAAAAAUACCGGCCCAAAAAAAAAGAAAACAAACAAAUUUGAUUUUAUCUAUAUCAAGUUUCGAAUUGAUUAAGUAAACAUAUGCAAAUUUAUAAUAAA